CUUUAUUUUUACAAUUUUCUACAUUGUAGAAUUAUAGUGAAGACAUCAAAACUAUGAAAUAACACAUAUAGAAUAAUAAUAAUGGAGGUUUUAGAAACAAUAAACACCUCCCAAAGUGAGACAAUUAUGUCAAUAUUGACAACCCAGAAGGGAAAAAAAUAAAAACUUUUCAUGAGAUCAGAGGAAAGAUCUCUAAAACAACUCAAAAGUAAAUGAUACUUGAAUUUAUAUUUCAAUUAGUUCCCUUUCUUGUUGAGGGUGCACAUCUCAGUGUCCUGUCAUCAAACUCCCAGUCCAUCCUAAUCAUCACGUUAUAACUUGGUCUUGGAUCUGUGUCAUGUCGCUUCAGCCCAGUUUAUUCCACUCCAGAAUGAAAUGUAUUCGUUUGAGAGAGAGAAAAAAUUACAUUAAUUUCCACUGCUAUUGUGAUUUUUUUUCAAGCAAUCAUAAAUGUUGUUUCAAAUGUGUGAUGACAGCUUACAGUGACGUGUCUGUCCGUGCACGUUUCCGGAAUGGUGAUUUGGAGACUUUUUUUCACUCGCCCUGCCCAUCCUUGCACUGCGCGUUAUAAAAAUCGCGCCCCAUGAGUGGGUACCCUCCAGAACGCACAGGAGCAGUUAACGCCUGAGGACAACUUCUACCUAAACCAUCCUCUAAACCCUCAACUCAAUAUGCAUCCUAACUUGGGUACUUGGCUGGGCGCACUGACUCUCCUCGUCUGGACCUUUAUAUGCAUCGGGACGCUCGCGGAAGGCUACCCGGUCAAACCUGAAAACCCCGGCGAAGAUGCGCCGGCAGGGGAACUUGCCAAGUAUUACUCCGCUCUCAGACAUUACAUCAACCUCAUUACAAGGCAGAGGUAUGGGAAGAGGUCCAGCCCUGACACACUGGAUUCACUGAUCACAGAACUGCUGCUAAAGGAGAGCACAAAUACGCUCCCACAGUCCAGAUAUGAUGAACCGUCGUUGUGGUAACCGUGUCACUGUUCCCGCCCAGCACCCUACCAUCGCCACAACGAUAUACUGACCUCAACAACACGGCCGCCUCACCAUGGCCGAUACCCCAUCCUAACAACCCCAGCUAGCACCCUUACCAUCCCCCUCUCCCCCAUCCAGAGGCUACUCCUGUGCCAGAUAACUAACUGCAUAUGUACAGAGUCUUAUUUAAGUCACCCCUACAUUGGUAAGUCAGGGGAGACAAUUAUUGAUUGUAUGGUAAAACUGUGCUAUUAAAUAUUCAUUAUAUAACGGA